AUUAGUUUAAAGUUCAUGAUAUAUAUUUUUAAUGUCACUGUGCAAUUUAUUUUUAAAUUAUUUUUAGGUUCUUUAUAUGCAGUUGGUGGUGGUCAACUUCAACAAGUUAUAACAUCAAGUGAAAUAAGCACAUUAGCUGCUGUUGCAGUUGAUGGAAGCAGUCAAGAUGGACCUCGUUAUACAUAUUAUCCUGCAGUUCAAACUAGUGAUGCAAAUCAACAUGGACAAUUUUAUGUGAUGAUGUCACCACAAGAUGUUAUUCCAGUCACUGGUGCUGGGCAGAGAAUUAUUGCUCCUAGAUCACAAAACUUACCAUCGAAAAUGGAAAAUUCACGUUCCUCUCGUGAUGAAAGGAGGCGAGCUACACAUAAUGAAGUUGAAAGAAGAAGGCGCGACAAAAUUAAUACAUGGAUAAUGAAACUUGCAACAGUUGUUCCAGACUGUCAAAUGGAUCAAUCAAAACAAGGGACCAGCAAAGGUGGUGUGCUUUCUAAAGCUCUCGAUCAUAUUAUAAAGUUGCGAACGCAAAACGAUAGAAUGGCUGACACGAUUAAAGAACAGGAGCGUAUUUUAGUAGAAAAUCAAGUAUUACGUCAACAAGUAGAAAAGCUACGUCAAGAUAACGCAAUCUUACAAGCAAAUUUACAAUUUAGGCACACUGAGCAUUUGGAGCAUGACCAUAAAAUUGAAAGUGAUUGAGUUCAACAAAUUUAAAAUUAGUUUUAUUUUAUUAAAAACUUUUUUAAUAAAAUUAACUUUAAUUAAAGUUAUAUAAAUAUGAUUUGAAUAAAAUUGGAAUCGAUGUUGUAAAUAUUAUUUAUUAAAAAAGAUUACUCCAUCUUAUUUUCGCCAAUGUCACUCAUACCAUAUUAA